AUGGAUCAGCUCUUGGACUUCUCGAAAGACCUCGACAUCGAUCUGUUGGAUCGAAUUGUCACAGUCUUUUAUUCAGGUCAAGGUACACCAGCCGAGAGAUCUGAAGCUGAUGUUGUACUUAAAAAGUUUCAAGACCAUGCCGAUUCCUGGACUCGUGCUCCAAAGAUUCUUCAAGAAGCUAAAAAUCCACAAUCAAAAUAUAUCGCUCUUUCUGUUCUUGAAAAACUCAUUUCUACCCGAUGGAAGAUCCUCCCUGAAAAUGAACGCCAGGGAAUUCGCAACUUUGUUGUUGGACUUUGUGUCAACUGGUCCAAUGAUGAAACAACCUUCCGCACCCAGAAAUCCCUUAUCAACAAGGCAAACCUUACUCUAGUUCAAAUCUUAAAACAAGAGUGGCCCGCCGCUUGGCCCUCUUUCAUUCCAGAUAUUGUCGAGUCCAGUCGUUCCAGUGCAAACGUUUGCGAAAACAAUAUGGUCAUUCUCAACCUUCUUAGUGAAGACGUUUUUGAGUUCUCUGCUGAGCAAAUGACCUCCACAAAAGCAACAGACCUUAAGCGCCAGCUUGCAAAAGAGUUUUCUCAAAUCUUUCAACUUUGCUUUGAGGUCCUCAACAACGCCACCCGGCCCUCUCUUAUUCAGGCCACUCUCCACUCCCUUCUUAAGUACAUCAACUGGAUCGAGCACAAUUACAUUUUUGAAACUCCCCUUAUCUCUCUUCUCGUUACAAAGUUCCUUUCUCCAGUUGAGUUUAGAAAUGUCACUCUCAAGUGCUUGACGGAAAUCGCUGGUUUGACUAACCCAAGCGCUGACAAGAUGUUUUUCAAAAUGUUUGUCACUGCUAUGGAAAUUAUUAGCUCCAUCAUCCCUCCCUCAACUGACUUUAAAAGUAUCUUUGACGAUGCAAGCUCCCAGGAUCAGGAAUUUAUUCAAAACCUUGCCCUUUUCCUCUCAACUUUCUUUUCACAUCACUUAAAACUUAUUGAGGAACAAGACGACAGAACUGUUCUUAUCCUCUCCCAUAAUUAUCUCAUCAAUAUUUCAAGAAUCGAGGAACGUGAAUUGUUCAAAAUUACCUUGGACUACUGGGCCCGUCUUGUCCAAGAACUUUACGACGAAAUGAGAAGAAUCCCCCUCUCAGACAUGAACCCCGCCCUCGGCCGCUCCAUCCUUGCAAACUUCAACACUGGUGGUGCCGCAAGCCCAGAACUCCUCGCAAACUACCCUCUCCGUAAACAUAUUUACGCUCAAAUUCUUUCCUCCCUUCGUGUCGUCAUGAUUGAAAAAAUGGUUCGUCCGGAAGAAGUUUUGAUUGUCGAAAACGACGAAGGCGAGAUCGUCCGUGAGUUUGUCAAGGAAAGCGAUACCAUUACCUUGUACAAGAGCAUUCGCGAGGUUCUUGUUUACCUUACCCACCUGGAUGUUUCCGAUACUGAUAGAAUUAUGCGCAACAAGCUUGCAAAACAAAUGGAUGGUAGCGAGUGGUCCUGGAACAAUAUCAAUACUCUCUGUUGGGCCAUUGGUUCCAUCUCCGGUGCCAUGAAUGAAGAAAUGGAAAAACAAUUUCUUGUUUACGUCAUUCGCGAACUUCUCAACUUGACAGAUAUGAAGCGCGGCAAAGACAAUAAAGCCGUCGUUGCAUCCAACAUUAUGUACAUUGUGGGCCAAUACCCUCGCUUUUUGCGCGCCCACUGGCGCUUCCUCAAAACUGUCGUUAAUAAGCUCUUUGAGUUUAUGCACGAAACACACGAUGGUGUUCAGGAUAUGGCCUGUGAUACCUUUAUUAAGAUUGCUCAAAAGUGUAAGAGGCAUUUUGUUACCCUUCAAAGCGGAGAGUCUGAACCAUUUAUUGAGGAGAUUUUGCGCUCUCUCACAGACAUUACUAGCGAUCUUCAGCCCCAACAGGUUCAAACCUUUUACGAGGCUUGUGGUUAUAUAAUAGCGUCUCAAACCUCGAAACCUCUUCGCGACAAGUUGCUUGAGGAACUUAUGAAUAUGCCCAAUGUUGCUUGGAACGGUAUUCUUGAGCAGUCUCGCACUGACCCGGAGUUGUUGACUAACCCGGAAACUAUCAAGAUUAUUGCAAAUAUUAUGAAGACUAAUGUGUCGACGUGCUAUGCUUUGGGUGCCAACUUUGCCCCCCAACUUGGUUUUAUCUAUGUUGACAUGCUAAGUCUUUACAGAGCUGUUUCUUCCAUGAUUUCUGAUGCGGUAGCUCAACAGGGCCCUGUUGCCACCAAGACUCCUAGAGUACGUGGCCUUAGAACUAUCAAGAAGGAGAUUCUCAAGCUUAUCGAGGCUUACGUUUCUAAGGCCGAGGACCUUGACCAUAUUUGCACAAACAUGGUUCCUGGUCUUUUGCAAGCAGUAUUGCAGGACUACCGCUCCAACCUUCCCGACGCAAGAGAAGCCGAAGUAUUGCACUGCAUGAGUACUCUUGUUAACAGAGUGGGUCGCCUUGUUCCCGAUAUGGUGCUUUCUAUUUUGGAAAAUGUUUUUGAAAGCACUCUGGAAAUGAUUAACAAGACUAUGAAUGAUUACCCAGAGCACCGUGUCGAAUUCUUUAAGCUUUUGCGUAAUAUUAACCUCAAUAGUUUUACUGCUCUUUUGAAGCUACCUGCUCCUGUUUUCAGCCAAACUGUUGACGCUUGUCUGUGGGGUGCCAAGCACGAUAAUAGAGAUGUGGAGUCGUCUGGUCUGAGUUUACUGUCAGAAUUGAUUACCAACAUGGGUGACUUGCACAAUGAAAUUUCUGACAAUUUCUUUAAACGUUUCUUCAAGCCUAUUAUUGGUGAUACUUUUUACGUUCUUACUGAUAGCGAUCAUAAGGCUGGAUUCACAACGCAGUCUCAGAUUCUCAUGAAAAUUAUUGAACUUUUGGAUUCUGGCCGAGUAUCGAAACCUAUUUACGAAGACAACGAGGCUCCCAGUGGUACCAGCAAUAUUGCUUAUUUUAAGGAAUAUAUGACGAAUCUAUUGCUCAAUGCGUUCCCACAUCUUCAAAGAGCUAAAGUCAGCAAUUUCAUUGGAAAUCUUGUGCUGCAGUACCGCGAGCCACACCGAUUCAAGACCACGCUACGAGACUUUUUGCUGGAAAUCAAGGAGUUUGAUGGCAGUGAUACAGAGUACCUGUUUGCUGAGGACAAGGAGCGUGAGUUACAGAAUAAGCAGAAUGAGGAGCGUGAACGUGCCAAGCAAGUCGGUGGUCUCAUGAAGCCCUCUGAAAUUGAAGACGACGAAAUCUGA